GUCCCGACCAUUCCGACCGCAGCAGCUUCAGCAGCAGCAGCAGCAGCGCUGAUGGAGCAGCAGUUCUGGAAGAGGAGGAGGAAUAACGGGUGAAUAAAAUCGGUGACGGUAACGAUUACGGCGCAGACUGCUGUUUGUGGUGCUUCAGGACUGCGUUUCGGUAAAUGAAGGUGUUUUAGGUAUUUGCUCAGCUGUGUGGAGUGUUGAUGUUUGGAGCCAAACUAAAGCAGCAUAAGAACAAAAGAACAUUGGAUGUCUAGUUUUUUCCUAAUCUGCUCAAGCAGACUGUUCUGGAUUGUCUUUUGAGGUGUCCUUGGACUUCACCUGUGUUGCCUCCUCACUUUUAAUGUAGGUGGACUGAGCAAUGUUUCUUAUGCAAGACAAGGAAGCUUGCUUUGCUGUUUACAUCUAGCCAGGCCAAUUUGAAUGUUUGAAUAGUAAUCCCAAAUCCCCUCUUGGAGACUGCUAAGUCAGUGACAGGCACUGAGCUGAGAAGAUUAAUAUCCUAUUAGAUCUAAGAGAGCAGGGGAGGAGGAACACCUGUUUCACUGAACAUCCAAAUCCAGGCCACUCUGCUCAUAUUGUAUUUGACUUUUCUCUUGUGUAUAAGACAGUGUCUUUUUCUUUCUCUGCGUGUCUGUAUUUUCUUCCACCUCAUUCCCACCCACAGAGCGUGAAAAAGAGGCAGUCAUUGCUUGUUUUCGCCAUCUUUAGUAUAGGGGAGACUGUGUUUAGUUUGCUAAAUGGUGGCCUCAAGAGCAUAGUGACAUUCAUGGUAAGCCAGCAGCCCCCUUCAGCCUGGCUUUUAAAAAAGGAGGCUAAAGAAAGAGGGAAUGUGAUGAGCCAAGUCUUUCUCAUUCAGCCUUUGCCUCUGAGCUGCUCUCUGGAAACCUACGUUCACUGUGAUGGCUUUGUCUCCUCGGCCAGCUGAGAGAGAGACGAUCCCGGGCGUAUGAAGGACUAAUCUUAGGACUGUGAAUCAAAAGCAAAACACACGCAUACACACAUACAUGCUGAAUGCUGCAGAAACAGUAGGCUCCCUGUCUGGGCUCCCACUGUUUGGGACCUGUGUUGUUCUUUUCUUUUUUCUGCUCUCUAUCCCUGUGGGUUUGGAUGCUUGAAGACAAGAGCUACUUUGAAGGAGCAGAACUUGGCGGCGGUUUGGUGGCAUUCGACAGGCUGCCGGCCCAUUCUAGCUGACCGUCGUCCUCUGUGCUGCUCGCCCACUGGACCUGCUCUCUAGACCAGAGCUGUGUGGGAGUGCGGGGUACAUGAAACCCUGCUGACAAAGCCUAGCCCCUGGACCUUCUGGGGCUUGUAAGGAUUUUAUUUUUGCACCUUUUUCAUUAACCUGUGGAUAAUUUUUCCACCCUCACAAUCCUUGCUGCAUUGCUCUUCUGCGGAAAGGCCAGGAUGAAGCUGAAAAAGCAGGUGACGGUGUGUGGCGGGGCCAUUUUCUGUGUGGCCGUCUUCUCCCUCUAUCUGAUGCUGGACCGGGUCCAGCACGACCCUGCCAGGAGACAGAAUGGGGGGAACUUUCCAAGGAGCCAGAUUUCGGUGUUGCAGAACCGCAUUGAGCAACUGGAACAGCUUCUGGAGGAGAACCAUCAGAUCAUCAGCCACAUUAAAGACUCUGUGCUGGAACUCACAGACACGGGUGCUGUCUCCCCCAGUGGCCACUUACCCUUCCGCAGCGCCAAUGGCUCAUGGGUGCUGCCCUUUGAUGGCAGACCUACCUUUCUCUCAGUAAAGCCCCAGGACUGCCAGUUUGCACUGGGCCGCCGUGGCCAGACUGACCUGCAGAUGCUGGAUGUGUAUUCCUUGCUGAGCUUUGAUAACGUGGAUGGAGGCGUGUGGAAGCAGGGCUUUGAGAUCACAUACGAGCCUUCCGAGUGGGACAGUGAACCCCUGCAAGUUUUUGUAGUGCCCCACUCCCACAAUGAUCCAGGCUGGGUCAAAACUUUUGACAAGUACUACAAUGACCAGAUGCAGCACAUUUUCAAUAACAUGGUGGUCAAGCUUGCUGAAGACCCACGCAGGAAGUUCAUCUUGUCUGAAAUUUCAUUCUUUGUGAAAUGGUGGGACAGUGCAGAUGCUCACAAACAGGAAGCAAUACGCAAACUUAUCCUGGGAGGGCAGCUAGAGAUCGUGACAGGGGGCUGGGUAAUGACAGAUGAAGCCAACGCACACUACUUUGCCAUGAUCGACCAGCUUAUCGAAGGCCAUCAGUGGCUGGAGAGGAACUUGGGUGUGAUCCCUCGCUCAGGAUGGGCUGUUGACCCUUUUGGCCACAGUGCAACGAUGCCUUACCUGCUGAAGAAAGCUAAUGUGACCAGCAUGUUGAUUCAAAGGAUACACUACUCCAUUAAGAAGCAUUUUUCCUCUACACGUAGCCUGGAGUUUAUGUGGAGACAGGCUUGGGACCCUGAAUCAGGAACAGACCUGUUCUGUCACAUGAUGCCCUUCUACAGCUAUGAUGUGCCUCACACCUGUGGGCCAGACCCAAAGAUCUGCUGUCAGUUUGACUUUAAAAGGCUGCCAGGCAGCAGGGUCAACUGUCCUUGGAAGGUGCCUCCUCGUGCCAUCACAGACGCCAACGUGGCAGAGAGGGCGAAUGUCCUUUUGGACCAGUAUCGCAAGAAGUCCAAGCUUUUCCGUAGCAAAGUGGUACUAAUACCACUGGGAGAUGAUUUCCGCUAUGAUAAAUCUCUAGAGUGGGACCAGCAAUAUAUCAACUACCAGAAGCUUUUUGAUUACAUGAACUCUCACCCAGAAAUGCAUGUGCAGGCCCAGUUUGGCACUCUGACAGACUACUUCAAUGCAGUGUAUAAGGCUAAUGGGGUCUCUCAAGGAGCAAGACCACCUGGUUACCCCGUACUGAGUGGAGAUUUCUUUGCUUACGCUGACCGAGAGGAUCAUUACUGGAGUGGCUACUACACCUCCAGACCCUUCUACAAGAACCUGGACCGUAUCCUCGAAUCCCACCUAAGGGGUGCAGAGAUCCUGUACAGCUUGGCUGUGUCUCAUGCACGCCAUGCAGGCAUGGAAGGACGCUACCCCACCUCAGACUACUCCCUUCUGACAGAUGCCAGACGCAACAUCGGCCUUUUCCAGCACCAUGAUGCCAUCGCUGGAACUGCCAAAGAGGCAGUUGUUACUGACUACGGGACAAGAUUACUACGCUCACUGAUUGGAUUGAAAAGGGUGAUCAUUAAUGCAGCACACUUUCUCAUCAUGAAGAACAAAGAUGUGUAUCGUUUCUACCAGACCGAGCCUUUCCUGGAGACGGAUGACAGACGUGCCACACAGGAUUCCUUACCCCAGCGGACAUUGAUUGAGUUGGAUUCCUCUCCGAGGUACUUGGUGCUGUUUAACCCAGUGGAGCAGGAGCGGCUGUGUGUGGUCACUGUACUAGUCAACUCUGCGAAGGUCCGGGUGCUCACUGAGGAUGGACAGACCCUACCGGUGCAGCUCAGUGCACAGUGGAGCUCUGCUGUACAGAUGAGUGGAGAGGUCUAUCAGGCUUCCUUCAUGGCUCGGCUACCAGCUCUGGGAUUGGCUGUGUUCCACCUGUACGACUCUGUUGAUUCUCCCAUGACUCUUCGUUCCGAUACACUGCUAAGGUUACCAGGCCGUAGCCAGACUGUGCGAGGCGUGGAUCCCCUUCCUGUGCGCUCACAAAUAGCUGACCCCCAGCCAUUCUACAUCCAGACCCAGUCCCUGACAUUGGCCUUUUCUGGCACCACUGGUCUGCUGGAGAGUAUCCGGCGUAAAGAUGACCCUCAGGAGGUUCGGGUACAGGUUCAGUUCUUUACUUAUGGAACUCGCCCUUCCAAGGAUAAGAGUGGUGCUUAUCUGUUUCUACCAGAUGGAAAUGCAAAGCCCUACACACAAAGAGAUCCUCCUAUUGUGCGCGUGGUGGAGGGUCCUCUUUUCGCAGAGGUGGUCACGUACUACCAGCACUUCCAGCAGACAGUUCGCAUACACAAUGUUCCAGGUGUUGAUGGACUGUCUCUGGAUAUCACCACCUUAGUGGACAUCAGGGACCAGACUAAUAAAGAGCUGUCCAUGCGGCUGCAUACAGACAUUCAGAGUGAGGACACGUUCUACACAGACCUCAACGGAUUUCAGAUACAACCACGCAGAUACUUUCAAAAGCUGCCGCUGCAGGCCAACUUCUACCCUAUGCCAACCAUGGCCUACAUCCAGGAUAGCCAGUACCGUCUGACCUUGCACACGGCCCAGGCACUGGGGGUCACCAGCCUUGCCAGCGGUCAGUUGGAGGUGAUGCUGGACCGCAGAUUGAUGCAGGACGAUAACCGGGGUCUGGGACAGGGUGUGAAGGACAACAAGAGGACAGCCAACCGCUUCCGUCUACUGCUGGAGAGGAGGACCAGCAGCAGCAGGCCUGUGGGCUCUUAUGCCAAAGUCAGCCACAUGUUAAAUAAAAUCAUCUCUCAUGUUUUUGGAGACACAGAGAAAGAGGCUGUUGACAGUGGACCAGUCAGUUUCCCCUCACUGUUGAGUCACAUGACCUCCUCCAUCCUCAACCACGAGGUUCUGGCACUGCCGGUCAUCCCGAAGAAGAGGGGCGUGCCCCCCCUCCGCACCUUCGCCCCACUGGCUAAUGCACUGCCCUGUGACUUCCGUCUGCUCAACCUCAGAAGCAUUCAGAACCAGGAUGCCCAGUCCCCCUCCCUGUACACAGCUCUGCUCCUGCACCGCCUGGGACUGGACUGCGGCUUAGAGGCCCAGAACCCUGGCUUUAACUGCACUACCACGCAAGGAAAGUUGGCCGUGUCUGCGCUGUUCCGGGGUUUGGACCUGCAGCUGCUGCAGCCCAUGUCUCUGACGCUGAUGUACUCGGGUACUCCUCUCUCCAACAGCUCUAUCAUCAGCCUGGAGCCCAUGGAGCUGUCUACCUAUAAGCUCAAACUGCGCUAGGACUCGACAGAACAGGGCCCCGGCCCACCGGAGCGGCCCGCACACUACUGCUGUCAGUGUAGGACGGGUGGACACUUGCAGAGUUUCUCUCGUCUUUCUCUGAGGCGGAGGACGAGCGUAAACACACAAAAACAAGACCAAGCGAUAUGGGAUGUAUGAAUCACAAUGGAAUGUGCUGGACCUUCUUAAAGACUGUUUGUUUGUUUUUACAAGGGAGAUUUCAGCACAGUUCCACAUACAGUAGCUGUCCCAGAACCUGAAAUGAAGAUAUGAAGAUUUUUUUUUUGUUUGUUUUUGGAUUUAAUAUGCUUGAGAUUCAUUUCAGCAGAUGACUAGUGGCUUUUUAUUAGACAUGGAUGAUUGAUGAGGAGCAUCUGAAACUUCAUUACUUUGUCGUCCUGGCUGGCUGGCUGGAACCACUGACAUUUCUUUCCAUUUCCCUUCCCCUUCUCUUUCUCUCUCUCUCUUGCUCUCUCGCUCCCCUGACCACCGUUCUUUUUUUCUGUAUCUUGCACUGUAUGUUGAAACUCUUGGGACUCUGUACUGUAUGUAAAUAUGUCUUUGACUCCUUCAUGAACUUGUGGGACUGAGUGCAAUAUGUGAAGCUUCUACUUCAGGGGAGGGAGGGAGGGAUUGGGUCUUAUUUUGACACCAUUAUGCAGAAGCUGAGCUUGAAACUGUGUCGCUGUCCUCUGAGCUCUAACCUCUUCUCCCCUUUUGUACUUCAGUGGAUGGACUUCGCUGCUUGCAAUAGCUGCAUGUUCCUGUGAAUGUGUGCUCGCUCACUCAUUUUGGCAGUUGAGUGGAGACUGUUAUCGUCACCUACGGUCCGCUUAGGGACUUGCCCUACUGCCCCCGUACUCCCACUCAGAUAUCAGUCAGUGGCUUGGACUGGUCUGUUUAGGUUGGGUUCUCCUCACUCAUCUUCCUCUGCUGCAGUGGGAAGAGAAAUGAUAAAGUGACUGGCAGAAAUAUAGCUUUUGUUUUUACCUGGCUUAUCCUUCACUGUUGACCCCUUUUUGUUGCUCAAAAAUGCUGCUCCCUCCAAACGAGCCAGUUUACACAUUAUGCGCAUCGUUCCACCCAGGCCGACCGCGGUAAGGAUGGUGUAGCAUAAAGUAUGCAGUAGGUCAGGAGUGUCAAACUCAAGCCUCAGUUUUGCAGAGAUCAUUUUCCGGUGAGCCAGUCUUGUUUACCGUCAUCUAACUCUAAAUUCAACUCAUGAAGGCUGUUGUCGUCGUUAGCCUCGCUUAUGAGUCAGGUAAAAUGCACUAGAGCAGCAGUCAAUCUGCUUGCUGCUGAGAGUUUAACUCUUUAUUUACUUCCACUGGAGCUUUGGCGCUUUUCCCCUGCAGGACCUAAUGGUUGCUUAGACCAUACUUUACCCAGUCUUGCAUACAGGUCUACACCAGCAUGGAAUGGUACAGUUCCAAGAUGUUACAGUCAGGACUAAGAUAUUCAAAGAGCCUGAUUUCACAACAUUAAAGAGAUGCUAGCAAUGCUAACUUAAAAUUGAGCAUUUUUUUUUUAUAUGUUUAAGCAACAAAAAGAGCUACUGUGUCCACCUUCGACCAACAAGAUUGUUCUUGGUCGUUAUCUGUACAGGAAAUAUAAAAAAGACCCUGGGUCUUGUAGCACAAUGGUGACAGAAACGUGGAGCUAAUCAGCCAAUCAAAAUUCUUACUUCACUAAGCUCUUUCACUGUUAGUAAGUAUCCAAGGAUCCAAGGUUCAGACUAGGUUACUGAAGAGGCUAAAAGACUUCUUGUUUACCCUGAAGCUGGCUGGGCAAUGAUGUCUGUUUAAGACACCCUAAACACUGUUUAAAACAAAGACUUGGAACUUGAUAGGGAUAAAAAAAAAAAGAAAAGAAAAAGAAAACUGGACUCGAUCUGUAAGCGCUCUGUGCCGAACUGCCAGCUGGAACAGCCAGCAGAAUGGUGUGUGCCCUUUGUGCUCAGAACUUUUCUGCCCUGCAGUGGAAAAGAGGCUAUACAGUUGUGUUAUAUAAGAUUUGGUUUCACUGAACUGAACAGAGUGCUGUGGCUCUUCAGGACUGGAGGUUGACACUCCUGUAGUAGAUAACGAUACCUCUUCUUACACAUUCUAUAUAUGAACAGUUGAAACGUGCAAUAUGAAACUGUGGGAACUGUGCUGACUGAUCUGAUGGUGUACAGCGCAGUGUUGAGGCAUUAGGGCAGAAUGUAUGUAUGGAGAAGGCAGUGGUCACUGCAGAGCACAGGAAGGAGUGAGCCAGUGGUCAGUUCCAUCAUGCUGAAUUUUGGAUCAGCGUGGGGAAGGAACAGCUGCAGGCUCCUGAUGUCAUCUGGUCUCAGCUCAGCCUGAAGGCUUGGAUCAUAUCCCUGUGUGUAAAGAGAUCAGUGGUUGUUAACACUAAUUGCAUUGUGCUGAGGAGAACCCUAGCCACAGCAGAUGCAUUGUAAAGUUCCAUUCCAGUGGUGUCUACCAUCGUAGAGUCUAAUCAGGGUGCAUCUCUCUCUCUCGCUCUCUCUCUCUUGCUCUUAAACUCUUUCUCGCUCUCGCACAGUCUGUCAGAGUGCAGUUCUCUAUGCUGCUCACUCUUUACCUUUUGCCAUUUAAUGUGACUGCAUUACAUCCUCCCGGGAGGGAAGGAGCCGUCUUCUGUUGAACCGAGAAGCUGUCUCCCGCUACUUGCUAACUCGCUAACUCUGCUGCUGACCUCGGCACCCAGCUCACCUUCAAACGGCGUUCUCGCAUAGAGCCUCAAAACCAUAUGAAUAACUGUGACAGAGGAAUGCUGCUGGAGAGGAGGUCAGGAGGCUAGAGGCUGCUCGUGAGACCUCUGGAAUGGAGUCGUCACUCUUGCUUAUGUCUACUCUGUACAAGCUACACUAGAUGGGCAAAAGUAUUAGGACACCUGCUUAUUCAUUUUGUUUAUACCAAAAUCAAGGGUAUUAAAACAGUUUAUCCUGCUUUUGUUGGAGUAACUGUUUCUACUGUUUGCAAUAAUCCUAAUGCAUUGCUGUGAGGAUCUGAUUUGAUUGGAUCUGAUUGCAUUCAAGAGUGCAAGACACAUUUAUCACCUCAUCUCCUAAAUCUCUAACUCAUCCCAUCCAGCACCAUAAACCUCCCACAGAACACAGUUCGACUGCUCUACAGCUCAGUGCUGCCUGGGGGAUUUAUACCCCUUUAGACCACACCUGGAUUUGGCACAAUAGGUACAUGUUUGUAUAUUUUUCCAUAGAGUACUAACACUUCUCUACAUGUGUGCAACAUCUGUGUCAAUAACAAUGGGUGUAACUUGGAAGUAGCUGAAUGCAUUCAUUACAAAGGAUGUCCAUAAACAUUUGGACAUCUUAGCUCUGGGGAAAAAAAAUAAGAGACCACUUCAGUUUCUGAAUCAGUUUCUCUGAUUUUGCUAAUUAUAGGUAUAUGUUUGAGACCUCCAAUAAUGCAAGGAAAAAAAGUUCAUAUUCAUAAAGUUUUAAGAGUUCAGAAAUCAAUAUUUGCUGGAAUAAUCCUGGUUUUUAAUCACAGUUUUCAUGCAUCUUGGCACGUUUUCCUCCACCAGUCUUAUAUGCUGUUGGUGCAAAGUAGUUCAGUUUGGUUUGAUGGCUUGUGAUCAUCCAUCUUCCUCUUGAUUAUAUUCCAGAGGUUUUCAAUUUAGUAAAAUCAAAGAAAAUCAUUUUUAAGUGGUUUCUCAUUUUCUUUUAGAGCUGUAUCGUGUCAGACUGUGCUGUGAUGAAGUGCAUAAUCUGAAGCUAAUGACCAACAUCAGAAUUAGGAGCCACCUCCUCUUAGAGAGUCUCAGCUCCUGAAGAUCCUAAGAUUACUUAGGUUUAGGUUGUUUUCACAUCUGCACAUUAAACAGGACUGUUUUCAUUCUGUGUUCUGUAGGUGCAGCUUAACCUGUUAAAAUUCACAAAUAAUCACUACAGCUGUGAACAGAUACUAUCUCUGCUGUUGCUUCAUGUGAAGUUACGCAUAGUUCUUCACUAGUCCAGAACACAGGACCUUUUUCCUGUAUUUACUUUACUGCUCCUGCCCCAGACAGAUUUUGACCAAUAAUCAGAGAGAAUGUUCUUACAUUCUUACAUGUUGGUGAGUUGUGUUAUUGCUUGUGUGAAAACAAACCAAGAAUAAUGCUUAAGGAUGAAGUUUACAAACUGGUUAACAAGUAUGGAUAUGAGUAAAUGAACAGUUUAUGUAUGCUGGAUAGACAGGAUCUUAAGAGCUGAGUGGAAGACAAGUGUAGUUUUUUCUUUAUUUUUAGUCCUAGCCUUUGCCUUGAGCUGUUUUGCCACCCCCCCUGUCUGUUUACCCAUCAUAUCUCACGGCCAUGCUGCUUCUCCCGGCCUGCUUCUGCCCUCAGACCAUACUCGAUCCUCGCCUAGAGCUGUUUGGAUAAGUCCUGCCGUAAGUGUUCCUCCUCAUUCGUUCGUGUUGUAAGAUGUUGGGUUUUUAUGUUCUGUUUGAGACGGAAAUGCUGUGUUUAUUUCCUCUCUUGCUGUGUUUAUUCCCUCUUGGAGGUGUUUUUAAUGGGGAAAAAAUGAUGCAUAAAAAGAAGAAGCAACGAUGCAAAGCCGCUCAAGUUGACAUUUAAUAAACAUCAGCCAUGGACGUUAAGUUGAUGUCUGCGCCUGUCUGUUGAGUUGUUCUGCAUUGGAGACAUGUCCAUGCAUGAGGAAUAUCAAGAAGUGUGUCAGAGAGAAUAUAGUAUAUAGUAUAUGUAUUGUCUUACUGAGGUAAUAGAAGCAGCACCACAGGAGUGUCAGGGGCUGCCUGCAUGGUAGAAGCCUUUUCAUGGUGUUUGUCUGUAGUGCAUAGGCAGGGGGCAGUAGGGGGUCGUCUUUUGGACGGCUGCAGUGUGGAGUUCCAAGCUGAGCGGAGGUCUUCUAGUGAUGCAUCCCUUUUUCUUUUUAUUCAUUUAUUUAUUUAUUUAUUUUUGAUCUACCACCCACAUAUGAAAGCACCAGCACAACAACUACAGAUACUCUCUGAUGUCUCCGAGCCUGUGCCCUCCUGCCACCCUCUGCCACCCCCUGCCAAGUAAGAGGCCUCGUGUCUUGGGAAACAACAGAGCGGUCUGGCCUCUGCUGAACUGCCAGCAUGCCUUCCAUGUAAGACCUUCCCCAUCUCUGUUCCAUCACUCAAUCACCCACUGGCAGGGGUUUGGUAGAAAUUGCCUGUGUACUCUGGCCUGACACCAAUUUACCCAGUUUUUCUUGCAGGGGCUGAGGUUAGCGUUUUAGGUGAGGGAAGGAAGCUGAUUCCAAAACUGUCCUAAAGCAGAGGAGGCAACGGAGUCAGCGCUCGCCUUUAUCAAUCACUCCGCCUGGCAGAAGAGAGGAGGGUAAAGAAGCAGAGGGAAGCAGUGCAGUCCUCCAGCUGCCGUCCUAAUCUAAGAAGACAAGCGUGCAGAUUGGGUGCACCGUGGAGUCACGGCGGAGAGAUCUGAUCACAGGAUAAGCAUUAGCUGAGCAGCUGAGGUAGGGCUUAUGGAGAGAUGUGUGGAUUGCUGAUUCAGGACCUUGUAAGGUUGUGUGGACAUUAGAUAAUGACUGAACUAAUAGAAAUGUACCAGAAUUGCUAAAAGAAUAAAUGAGUGUAUACAUUCACGUUUA